CCUGAUAGGUGAUUGUAGGAACGAAUCACCGGUCAAGCAAUACGUGUACAACGCCUGAAUAAGCUAGCGUCUAGACACUGCAAACCUUGAAACUUCAACAGCGUUUAGCAGACUGCACAGGCUUCCAAGUCUGCAGGUGCAGACUAUCGUCCGAUCCUAAACCGCUAUGAAAGCAGUAAAUCUGGUGCUGAUAGCAUGCUUAUUAACAUCGGCCUGUUUUGCGCUAUCCGUGCCAAUAGACAACGAAGAAAAGGAAUACCCUGUCUGCGACACACCCGUCUGCAUCCAACGAGCCAAGCUGAUCAACGAGUCGCUGAACACGUCAGUUGACCCAUGCGAAGAUUUUUACUCGUACGCCUGCGGUGGAUGGAUCAAAAAUCACCCGGUACCGAACGACAAGUCAACGAUGGACAGUUUCACUAUACUAAGUGAUGAACUGAGGGAUACUCUUCGAGACCUCUUAAACAACCUUACCCUCGUUGGCGAGAACCAAACUAUAAUAGACAAGGCAGCUCUUUUCUACAAUUCCUGUGUAGCUGUACCAGAUCUUGACGAUCAACGCGAUGUGAUGUUCGACAUAUUGAACGCUUCAGGACUUGGUGACUGGCCGAGAAUUGGGCAAGAGGCAAAUAUCAGCGAAGGGUCAAGUAAUAUCACGGACGUCAUCAUCAAGACUGGAAUGUCAUCCAUCCUUAGCUUUGGUGUUUCAAGAGAUAUCCGCGAGCUUAGCACUCACGUUAUUCAGCUUGACCAGAUAGGUUUCUCCUGGGUGGGAAGAAAACAGAUGAUCAAUCAAACUACUAAUUACAGCAGACCAAUGGUCGCUGCUUACAAGACUAUCAUUCAAGUAGCCAUGAAGUUCAUCAAGCCCAACCUUAGCGACGACAAUAUCACCGAGCUUUCCGAACGGCUUCUGGCUUUUGAAGGACAGCUAGCCAAUCUGACUGCACCUCCGGAAGAAAGGAGAGACAUCAAUAAACUUUAUCAUAGAACCACCAUGGAAGAACUGCAUAAUAAUUUUACUUACAUACCCAUACGCGUUUUGCUCAAGAAAGUCUUCAAUGAGGUAAACAUAACGCUAGCUGACAACGAGACUAUUGAACUCUAUGCACUGGAUUAUUAUACAAAAUUAAAUAACUUCCUGGAAUGUGCCGACCCGGACAUGUUGUACAACUAUGCUGGGCUGAAAGUUAUGCUCAGGUGGGCGGCCGCAGCGUCAGAAUCUUUUAGGAAUGCUACCUUCGAGCUAGUGAAAGUCCAGUCGGGAGUUAGCGUUCGAAAGCCAAGGUGGGAACUGUGCAUCGGUUCCGUGAAGGCUGCGAUGCCAGAGAUUAUCGGCAAGCUGUACGUGCAGCACAAGUUUAGCGAAGAAGCUAAGAGAGAGGUCGAAGACCUUGCCAAAAGGCUCAUGUCGGUGUUUAAUAAAACGCUGCAAACUAUUGAGUGGAUGGAUAAUACUACAAGAAACGCUGCAGAGGAAAAGCUCACAAAAAUGGGAGCGAAAAUUGGAUAUCCCGACUGGCUAAACAACAUGACGUAUCUUGAAGAACUUUACCGAUUUGUACCGCAACUGCCACUUAAUACUUCCUUUUUGGAAGCAGUGUACCUGGUAUCUGUGAACAGCGGGAAAGAUAGUUUGUUGAAGCUGCGAAUGCCAUACGACAAAGAUUCCGAGUGGAUUGUUGGUCCUGCAGUUGUGAACGCUUUCUACAGCCCAAGUUCCAACGAAAUGGUGUACCCUUCGGCAAUCCUUCAAGGCGUCUUUUAUGAACAUGGACUUCCACGUUCCCUUAACUUCGGAGCUAUCGGCAUGGUUGUUGGGCAUGAAAUGACGCACGGAUUCGACGAUACAGGAAGUCAAUUCGAUGCGGACGGCGCUUUGAAAGAGUGGUGGUCAAAUCGUACUAGCGCCGAGUUCAAGAGCAGAGCGAAAUGUUUCGAGUACCAGUACGGAAAUAUCACUGACAAAAAAGCAAACAUGACGCUCAAUGCCAAAAACACUUUGGGCGAGAACAUUGCCGACAACGGUGGCCUCCGUUUGGUAUUCGAGGCGUAUAAGAAGUUUCUGGAAGAGGAAUGUCAAAGCGACGGCACUCGUUUGAAAGGCCUGGAAGAGUUCUCAGGAAAGAAGUUGUUCUUCGUCGCAAACGCAAUGGCAUGGUGCAGCGUCAGCCGUCCAGAGUACCUCAAGUUGCUGAUUCAAUACGAUCCACACAGCCCGAGUCAAUACAGAGUCAACCUUCCGAUGUCGAAUAUGCCUGACUUCUCCGAAACUUUCGGCUGCCCAGCAAACUCGACAAUGAACCGGAAAGAAAGGUGCACUUUGUGGUGAGGCGAAAGGAAAAAAAAAAAAAAAAAAAGGGGGGGGGGGGGGGGCAGGCUGAACCGUGGAAGUCAAGGAACCUCUCACAGCUGGUAGCAGAAAUAAAG